AUGUUGCUGUCUAGGAAGUUAACGUCGUCGAUCUCCACGUCUCGAUCUGUCAUCCCAUUGUUCAGAAGUUACCACAAACCAGCACUACUCCCGGCUCUAUCAUUCCCUUCGCAGAGAAGCUCCAACUCGUGUCAGACUGUGAGAAUGGCUUCAGGUGGCAGCGAUCGGACCUUUCCUCCUCAGCAGCAGAAGGAUCAGCCUGGGAAAGAACAUGUUAUGGACCCCACCCCUCAGUUCUCCAGCCCUGAUUACAAGCCCUCCAAUAAGCUUCAGGGGAAAGUGGCGCUGGUGACGGGAGGAGACUCGGGAAUCGGGCGAGCAGUCUGCCACUCCUUCGCCCUGGAAGGCGCCACAGUUGCCUUCACGUACGUGAAGGGCAAAGAAGACAAGGACGCAGCAGACGUCCUCCAGCUGCUGAAGAAGGCCAAAACCCCCGACGCCAAGGAACCCAUCGCCAUCCCUGGCGACUUGGGAUUCGACGAGAACUGCAGGAGAGCCGUCGACCAGGUCGCCAACGCAUACGGCAGGAUCGACAUCCUCGUCAACAACGCCGCCGAGCAGUACGAGUCGAGCACCGUCGAGGAAAUCGACGAGCCGAGGCUCGAACGCGUGUUCCGUACCAACAUCUUCUCCUACUUCUUCAUGACCAGGCACGCUCUGCAGCACAUGAAGGAAGGGAGCGCGAUAAUCAACACCACGUCGAUCAACGCGUACAAGGGCAACGCCGAGCUGCUGGACUACACGGCCACGAAGGGCGCGAUCGUGGCGUUCACCCGCGGGCUGGCGCUGCAGCUGGUGCAGAAAGGGAUCCGAGUCAACGGCGUUGCCCCAGGUCCGAUUUGGACUCCGUUGAUCCCGGCGUCGUUCCGGGAGGAGAAAGUGACGAGCUUUGGGAAGCAGGUGCCGAUGCAGAGAGCCGGGCAGCCGGUUGAAGUGGCGCCGUCGUAUGUUUUCCUCGCCUGCAACCAUUGCUCGUCUUACAUCACCGGCCAGGUCCUUCACCCCAAUGGUGGUGUGGUGGUGAAUGGUUGAAGUUCCGAGAUCAUGGUGGGAUUUUCUGUUGUUUGAGGUUUUAAGAUCUGGAAGACGCAUCAGCUUGUAGAUAUGGAGAAAUAAGAGCCUGAUGUAAAAUGUAGAACAAUGUGAUGGAAACGGAUAACGGUGCCUUUUAUGCUUUAGUUUGCC